UGUGGACACGUUCCAUCCCGUACCGGGCCGUUCUGGGCUAAUUCUCAAUUUUCAACUGCCCCAUUUCAAUAUUAAUGAUGCAUAUGAUAUGAUCAGAAACAAUUUUUUAAAGGGAUAUAAUCAGAAACGAUUAUGACGGUGAAAUGACGUGUUAUUUUUCCUCUUUUUUCUGCGCAGUUUGAUGAUGAUGAUAAUACAAUAGUGGUGCUUUAUCGAACUCCAGCAGUUGUUUUCAUAGCGAAGAAUCAGAGAUUUCCGCGAGGAAGAAACCCAGAAACCAAUGGCGGGAGCAGAUAACGCUGUUGCGGGAAUCAAGAAAUCAAAAUGGUCUCUCAAUGGCAUGACUGCUCUUGUUACUGGUGGCACUCGUGGAAUUGGGCAUGCGGUGGUGGAGGAAUUGGCGGAGCUUGGAGCGGUUGUUCACACAUGUUCGAGGAACCAAGAAGAGCUCACCAAGUGUUUGACAAAAUGGCAAGGGAAGGGUUUUGUGGUAACUGGGUCAGUUUGUGAUGCAUCGAGUAGAGACCAGAGGGAGAAGCUGAUUGAGGAAGUGUCUUCUCGUUUCAGUGGCAAGUUGCACAUUCUUGUUAACAAUGUCGGUACUAAUAUUAGAAAGCCAACUAUUGAGUUCUCUGCUGAGGAAUACUCAAAACUCAUGAGCACCAACCUAGAAUCCAUGUAUCAUACGUGUCAACUUGCACAUCCUUUGUUAAAAGCUUCGGGAUCAGGAAGCAUUGUAUUCAUUUCUUCUGUUGCCGGUCUUGUGCAUGUAGGCAGUGGGUCCAUUUAUGGGGCUACCAAAGGUGCAAUUAAUCAACUAACAAGAAAUCUUGCUUGUGAGUGGGCAAACGACAAUAUUAGGACCAAUUGUGUUGCACCAUGGUAUAUCAGAACCUCACUUGCAGAACAUCUACUUGAGAACAAAGAAUUCCUGGACAAGAUAGUCUCUCGCACGCCUCUUCAGCGUGUUGGUGAACCAGAGGAAGUCUCGUCACUGGUUGCAUUCCUAUGCCUUCCUGCUGCAGCAUAUAUAACAGGACAGAUUGUUUCUGUUGAUGGAGGAAUGACUGUGAACGGAUUUUCCCCUGAUAUGAGAAUUAACUGAGCCAGAUUAACCUUCUUUGUCUUUUGGUGCAAAGGGCAAAAAUAUCCUGAGCUGUUCACCCGAGCAAUUUCUAUUUCUUAGUGAUACUACUUUUGCAGGAUUAAUACCAAUGUCGGAUGAAUCCCUUGUGGUUCAUUUUCUGUUUUCUUUUCUAAGGAAUUCAUGCUAUGAUUUUGAAUGAAAACGAUUGUUGAAUUCGUAUAAAUUAUAGCUGCA